AUGUCCUCUCCAACUCGUCAAUCGUCGAUGCGAAGCGUCAACGGCUUCAACGCUCAAGAUUACGAGAGGCCUGGUCUGAGACAAGAGGAAAUCGUGGAGUUGAAGGCGGCGUUCGAUUUGUUCGAUACGGACUCCUCGGGGGAGAUUUGUUUGGCGGAGUUGGAGGCAGCGAUGAAGAGCUUAGGAUAUGAAUCCAAAAGUGAGAGCAUUUUCACUAUGCUGGCUGAGCUUGAUAAGGAUGGCAAUGCUUCUCUGAGUUUUGAGGAGUUCCUCGAGCUCCUCAGUGGCGAACAAACUGAUGACAGUCAGAUUCCCCCGGCCGAAAUUGAAAAACUCUUUCGCCUCUUCGACGUUGAUGGCAAGAAUUUCAUAAACGUGCAGGAUGUGGAAAGAGUUGCCAAAGAAGUUGGAGAGAAUAUAUCCACUGAGGAGGCGAGGGAGUUGGUUCGUCAAGCUACUCGUGAUCCGAAUCGAUCCGAGCUGUGUCUGAGUGGCAACUGGAAGAUCACUAGAGAGGCCUUCUACAUCGUCAUGACCAAAAAAACCUUCCCAUGA